AUGCACGUGUCCAUACGCAAGCCUUCUGUUGAUGCGUACGGAUUUGGACCUUCUUGUGCACAACCCUACCUCAACAACCCUUCCCCGCGCAACGUUCCGCGGCGCUUUCACAUUCGCGUCCCUCCCGCGCCCAAAACCGGCCAAGGCAAGCAAAAGGCCUCCGCAUCCACCUCGAAGGGCACCCGCCGCCGCCAAAGUCGGACGAUCCUGGCACCCGCCGGAAGCGGCUUCAACUUUGCGGGCCAGCAGCAGCCCUCUGCGAACGGCGUACCAGGACAGCAGCGCCACCCUUCCAUGCCGAACAGGGUCCACGCGGUGGAGGACGACAAAGCCUUUGGGCAGUCCUUGUCAUUCAUGUCCAACCCCGUAACGUGGGUCAUGUCGAACGGCGAGUACCAGCUGCCACAUUGGGCAGCAUCCUUCGGUAUCAUCGACCUUCUGCUCAUGAACUCCGGUCUCGGUUUCUACGAAGCGCCUAUCGCUCAAGAUCGUAUACGCGCAGUGGCUCUCGAACGCGUUUUUCAGUGGUACCGCGUCGCUCAUCGUUCAGGAUGGCCGCACCCCGGUCACUUGCACAAGAUCCUCGCGCAGUUCAGCAGUCUCUACUUGAUCUCCAUUGGUAUUCUACUGCCAAGAUCUUCCCCUUACGACCCUGGCGCCCUCGACGACAUCUUGGUGCCCCUGAUCGAUGGUAUUCCCGUUGCCGUGCGCACCGUCUUGUGUGUCGCUCUCGCCGCCGGAACCCAGCGGUUCGCCGAGUACAAGGCUAUCGUCCCUCGUACUACUCUGGCCCCGACAAGACUGGUACGCUCACGAUCAACGCUCACAAUCGACCGCGAGACGAUCAGAGCCUACGGCCGCUUCUGCACUGAUGAUGCCAUCCUCUUCGCUGCCUACCCUUCGCGCACCGAGAACCAGGAUGCUAUCAACUCUGGCGUCGUCGGAUCUCUCACUGACACCGCUCUGACUCGAAUUGAAGCCUCGUUGGCAAGCGCGGAGAUCACUUACCGCGAGGAAUCAAAUAGCGGGCUCAAGCGCGUUACCAGGGCUUUACACGCGCAACAAGACCAAGCCGCAGGCGAGAAAAAACUCGAAGCUGGCAGGGAGGAGCUCGCAGCGCGCGGUCUACGCGCGCUCGCCGCCGCUUACGAGAAGGUCGAUGGCGGUGGGUGCGAGGGGGAGGUUGUAACACUAUGGCUCUCGUCGGUAUCCUUCCCAUCUUCGACCCACCUCGAAACCACACCAAGCAGACGAUCGACGCCAUGGCCCUCGGCGUCGCCGUCAAAAAUGGUCACCGGUGACGAGCUCGCCAUCGCGAAGGAGGCGAAGGAGACUGGCCGUCGUCUCCAGCCUCGGCGACAGCAUGCUGCCAGCUAA